CAUGUUUCCAGCAAUGAGAGUGAAGAUCUCUGGAUUAGAUCCUCACCAACAGUAUUACAUUGCCAUGGAUAUUGUGCCAGUGGAUAACAAAAGAUACAGGUACGUGUACCACAGCUCGAAAUGGAUGGUGGCGGGCAAUGCUGACUCCCCCGUGCCACCUCGGGUGUACAUUCAUCCAGACUCACCUGCCUCGGGGGAGACUUGGAUGAGACAAGUGAUCAGCUUCGACAAGCUGAAGCUCACCAACAAUGAACUGGAUGACCAAGGCCAUAUUAUUCUUCAUUCUAUGCACAAAUAUCAACCACGAGUCCACGUCAUCCGCAAAGACUGUGGAGAUGACCUUUCCCCCAUCAAGCCGGUUCCAUCUGGGGACGGAGUGAAGGCCUUCUCCUUUCCAGAAACUGUCUUCACAACUGUCACUGCCUAUCAGAAUCAGCAGAUUACUCGCCUGAAGAUCGAUAGGAAUCCAUUUGCCAAAGGUUUUCGAGACUCUGGACGCAACAGGAUGGGUUUGGAAGCCCUGGUGGAGUCGUAUGCCUUCUGGAGGCCUUCGCUCCGGACUCUCACCUUUGAAGAUAUCCCUGGAAUACCCAAGCAAGGCAAUGCAAGCUCCUCCACCUUGCUCCAAGGUUCUGGGAAUGGUGUUCCUGCCACCCACCCUCACCUUCUGUCUGGCUCUUCUUGUUCCUCUCCCGCCUUCCAUCUGGGGCCCAACACCAGCCAGCUGUGCAGUCUGGCCCCGGCUGACUAUUCUGCCUGUGCCCGUUCGGGCCUCACCCUCAACCGAUACAGCACGUCCUUGGCCGAGACCUACAACAGGCUCACCAACCAGACCGGCGAGACCUUUGCCCCGCCCAGGACUCCCUCCUAUGUGGGCGUGAGCAGCGGCACCUCCGUGAACAUGUCCAUGGGUGGCAGUGACGGGGACACCUUCAGCUGCCCACAGACCAGCCUGUCCAUGCAGAUUUCGGGGAUGUCUCCCCAGCUCCAGUAUAUCAUGCCUUCACCCUCCAGCAAUGCCUUUGCUGCCAACCAGACCCACCAGGGUUCUUAUAACACCUUCAGGCUACACAGCCCCUGUGCCUUGUAUGGAUAUAACUUCUCCACGUCCCCCAAACUGGCUGCCAGUCCUGAGAAGAUUGUCUCUUCCCAAGGAAGUUUCUUGGGGUCCUCGCCCAGUGGGACCAUGACCGAUCGACAGAUGUUGCCCCCUGUGGAAGGAGUGCACCUGCUGAGCGGUGGCGGUCAGCAGAGUUUCUUUGACUCUCGGACCCUAGGAAGCUUAACUCUGUCAUCCUCUCAAGUGUCUGCACAUAUGGUGUGAUGAAACCUUGAAGUUAAAUUGCCUUUGGAUCUGUCUAAUGUAUUUUCUUCUUCUUCUUUUUAAAGCAAUAUGGAAAGAAACUAUCUGUAGCUUGUACAAUGUACAUAUAAUAGAAAAUGAAGGCUCAUUGAGUUUCCUGACAUUCUCAUGGAGAGAUUGUAAUUCUCUAUGGCAUUUAUGUAUGCUGUAUCUUCAUGGCGUGUGGAGCCUCACAGCCUCGGUUUUUUCCCGUUUCAUCCAGUUGCACAGAGCGUGGCAGCCAUGUCGUAUGUUUAGCCAAGGCUCUCAGACUCUUUAAAAAAGUAGUAGACUUGAAACUGGGCAAUGAUACUCACCAGAUGAAGACUUAUAACUUAAUUUAUCAGAAAAAUGCUCUAAACAGUUUCAUACUUGAGUGUUGAUAGCCAGCAGUUACCAACAUAUAGAGUCUCGUGAUUUCUGUUAUUCUUGGACACAGUGUGAGAACCCCAAAUACAAAAGCCAGUGGAAGGCAGAGUAUUAAUUCUCAAGUGUUUGCAAUCAUGAAGGAUUAGCUUUUUCAUUCCUGCUUGUUCUUAUUUAUCACCAAUACUAUGUGACCUUGGGUCUAUAAAAAUUCAUAACCCAUAAUAAUUGUUAUUUUCUUAAGGAAGGUAGUGGAGAGGCUUGUGAUACUUUUCACUUUCCAUUGGGCAUAUAUGAGGUGCUUAUUCAUCUGCAGAGAAUGAAUUUCCAGUAUUUUGUAUUCAAUUUAUUUAUUUUAUCAAAUAGACCGCUAAAGAAUGUUCUAUAAAUAUUUUUAAAUUCCAGUUUUCACCAGGAAGGGAAUAUAUGUGAGCAGAAUGGCAAAAAGAAAAAAUUCAUCUCAAAUUAUUUGAUUCCAGUGAUAAAUGUCUGUUUUUUAAAAAUAGAGUCUAAUACUAUUGUCAACUAUACCUUAAGUUUUUGUAUAGUUUGAUAUUUCAUUUAAGAUUUUAUUUUCCAUCUUGCUUUAAGCUUCCUGGUUCAUGGUGUAUAAGUAAGGAAAAAUACAUUUUUGCUACUUAUUUUGUCUUUUAAUUCUUACAGUUUGAAACCUCCUUUCUUCUUUAUCCUUGUCUUCUGUCUGCAUCUUUUCUAAAACAGAUAGGUCUGAGGUCUGUAUGGUGGUAAAUAAUGCUGUGAGGAAUUUCAGGAGGUUAUCUCCAGCAAUCUGUCUUUUGGGGACUGUAGUGCAAAGGCCAAAGCCCAUUACUAUAAAGGCCCUCUUGGAGGACUAAGAAGGAAGGUACUCAUUAUGAUAAAGGAACUAUAAAACUUUUAAUCUCAACAGCAUUUUAAACCCUGGAGCCGAAGAAGCGAAAAACAACCCUUAAAAAGAAACUUCCUAAAAUAAUGUAUACAUGGUUGAAGAGUUUUUUAAAAAAGGUCAUUUUGCUAGCACAUUAUGUGGUAAAUAGAAAAGGCUAAGAAUACAGGAUGAAGAGAAUCGCCCUUCUGAUGAGAAAGUCAGAUGCCAUGUCUUUGCAUCGACUCAUGGCAUUUCAUGUGCCUGCCAAGCAAGAAGAGAGGGAUUUCCUUUCAUUGCUCAACAGAAUUACUUUAACUGAUCCCUAGUUUAGAUGGGAAAACAGUAUAGCUCCCGAUUUGCUUCUUUAUUUUGAAACACCAUGAGUGUUAGCCAUUUAGGGGGAUAUACGGUUUGAACUGGGUUUGCACAGGACAUGACUUGACUCUGUUUAUAGAUACUGACAAAUUUCCUCCUGAUUCUGUAGCAGUUCAUCAAAUUAAUAUUGAUUUUUAAAUUCAAAAUGAACAUGAAGGGAUAUGAAAUAUUUGCAUUAGGUAGACCGAUAUCAGAUGUUUGUGUGUGGUGUUAACUGCUUGACACACAUUUGGGAAAAAGACUUUAAGAAUGAGUGCAUCUUAGUCUUGGUGCUUGGUAUCAUUCAAGAAUAGAGAGUUUUCUAUUGAGAAAACAUGAAAUGUAAUGCUGUGUAUUCCAAUGUAUUAAAGAGAACAUUUUCCUUUUUGCUGUUAGUAAUUUGAGAUGACACCACAAUAAGGUAGAAUGUUUUAUUAAUCUUUUUUUGGUAAAAUUUUACAAUAUUGUUCAAAUGCUGUUUCCUUUAGGGUUUACUGUAAAUAUUAACCACCAUGUCACUUCAAAGACUAGCCUUUUAUUGUUGUACUAAAUGACAUACAUACAUUGAUAAUAAUAAUUAUAUAUCUGUAUUUUAUUAAAAAGUGCUUAAAAUUAUAUUAAAGUGUGUUAUUAAAUCCUUUCAUGAUUUUGGAGUGUAAUCAUUUUAAGUGUUGGAAAAUAUUGUUUCCAGAGUGAGCACACACAUGCAUACUCCAAACACAAAUUCUGUAGCUCUCAAUUACAAGGCAGGGAGAAAUGGGCCUGCUGUUCAUUUUUCAUGUGUUAAAUAUAAUUUCUUGGUGUGUUGACCAUGUCAUUGGAGGUGAAGGCCUUGACAAAUGUUGAACACAUGAAAGCUUGAAUUUGAAAGCAAGAGGGCAGGGUGAUAUGUUUUGUCUGGGGUCCAGGGAGAAAGGC